AUGCGGAAGGAAAGUCCAGAAUGCCAAAGCGAAGACUAUGAGAGUGCUAAUGAUAUAGACGAUUUGGAAUAUUUCUCAGGUGAUAAUGAAACUGGUGCUGCAGGUCCAGGUAGACCAAAAAUUUUACGUACUGGUAAACGUGGUCGACCGAGAAAAGUAUUUAAUGUCUUGGAUGUUAUGGUGAAGGAUUAUGGUGGAAUACUAGUACCACAAACUGUAUCCGAGGCGAUGAACAGCUGUGAAUCGAAACAUUGGUAUGAUGCCAUGAACAAGGAGUACAAUUCCUUGAUAUUGGCGAUUGCUGUAGAGAUGAAAAUGUAUCUUCAUCAAAUGGACACCUUAAUGCGAAAGAGACAUAUGCAACAGUAUUCGAAUAUUAUAACAUUUCGGGGUAAUGAUGCUUUAUCACAGGAGAUAUUGGCGUUGAAAUCUCCGCUUGACAUUUUUUCGUUUUUUAUUUCGGACGAUAUUAUUUUAAAUAUUGUAGAACAGUGCAACUUAUACGCUGUGCAAAAAGACAUCGCAAAGCCCCUGAAUACCACCCCAGAUGAAAUUAAAAGAUUCAUGGGAGUUAAUUAUUAUAUGUCGGCAUUCAAAUAUCCAAGCGUACGAUCUUAUUGGAGUGAUUAUGGUUUUAAACCUAUUAUGGAUUGUAUGACUCGAAAUCGUCAUGAAAAAAUUAGACAAUUUUUACAUCUCAAUAACAACGAGACAAUGCCCCGUCGUCAACAUUUUCAAGACGCAGCUGAUCAACAGCCAUCGACGUCAUCGGGAGUUGCCCGUAGAAGCUAUGGAUCUAUACCACAGUGUGAUUCGGGCUACGAUAGGCUGUACAAAAUACGGCCUGUUAUAACAGCCUUGAAUAGAAACAUUAAAAAAGUUCCAAUGAGAGCACGUUUGUGUGUUGACGAACAAAUUUGUGCUACCAAAAUCAAACACUAUCUAAAACAAUAUAUGCCUGAUAAACCACAUCCAUGGGGCGACCGAACACAUGGGAUAUACUCAAUUGGUACAGUUCGCCGUCCACGUCUUCCAUUGUGCAAAUUGUCACAAAAAUUUGCUAAUCGCGGUGAUUCCGAAGAAUAUGUUGGAAUAUUUCAUGGAAUCGAUGUCACAACAGUGGCAUGGAAUGAUAACAAAGUUGUCACCAUGGCAUCGACAAUGGCCGGACUAAAGCCAUUUAUUUCAUCUGAUGGUCAGACGCCCAAGGAUACACCAACCAUAGAACGAUACAACAAAAAGAAAAAGGAAAGUAUUCAAUGUCCAAAUAUCGUCCAUGAAUACAAUAAAUAUAUGGGUGGUGUUGACCUUUUGGACUCGUCUCUCGGUCGUAGUCACAUCCGUAUAAAAUCCCGCAAAUGGACAAGCCGUUUGUUUUAUCAUAUGUGUGAUAUUGCCAUCAUCAACGUAUGGAUUUUAUACAAGAGGCAUCAUGUAGAGACUAAUAAUGUGGAACCACAGAAGGUAUUACAUGAAUUUGUGUCAGAAGUUGCACAUUGUUUGACGAAAUCUGGUACUGAAAUACGAAUGGGAAAUGGUCGACGAAGUAACGUUGAAUCUGAAAUUAUUGUAAAGCGUCCACGCUCAAUGUGUGCUGCAUUACCACCUCUUGAUAUUCGCUUAGAUAAUAUAGGAUAUUUUCCAGAAUUUAUAAAAGAAGGCAAACCACGAUGUGAUUUUAUACAAAGUAUCUUACAGGUGGAGAGUAUUUAA